AUGGGCAAAUACUACUGCGACUACUGCGACAUCUACCUCACCCACGACUCCAUGAAUGCCCGCAAAGCACACAACACCGGCAGAAACCAUAUCGCCAACGUCCGCGACUAUUUCGCUGGGCUGGGGCAUAAUCAGGCGCAGAGUUUGAUUGACCAGAUUAUUCAGCAACAUGAGAGUGGGGUUGGGCGGGGGAUGGGCGCGAUGGGAGGGCUGGGAGGAACGGGGAUGAGGUUGGGAGCCGGGUUUAUGAAUCCUGUUGGGGUCCCUGGUGGCUUCCCCCCUCCCCAAACCUUCCCCUCCUUCCCUCCUCCCGGCCAAACCGGCACCCCACCCUUCCGCCCCCCAUUCCCUCCAACCGGUACACCCACCUCCCUCCCCCCCUUCCCUCCACCCGGCGCGGGUAUGACACCACCGCAGUAUGGGACGCCGAAUGCAAGUGCUGGUGCCUAUGGUGCGCCGCCGGCGUUUGUGGCUCAGCAGGGACAGCAGCAGGGGCAGGGGCAAGGAGCGCAGGGAGGGUUCACGCCGGCGGAGGGAGUGCCGCAGGGAAGUGGCACGGGGAUACAUCCUGACAGGAUGCGGAUGCUUGGAGCGUAG